AUGGUAGCAGACGCGGUUGUAUACCACCCCACGGUAGCACACUACCUGCGCUUUGUCGCGACAACAGUUGGCCGUGAUAAGCUCCUCCGUACCCUUCAAUACUUUUCCCGCUUCUACGCAUGGUAUCUCUUCCGCACCAACAACCCUGCCCGGCUUAUCGCGCCCUACGAAGCCAUCAAAAAGCAAUUCGGUCUCACACGGAAAGCGCUACGUCUGGGCAAGAAUGUGGAGCAUUUCAAAGCCGCGGCCGUGGCGGCCGAUAGCAAGAACAUGGAUCCAGUGCUGAAGUACUGUGCCGUGGGGAGGCAGUUGGGGUACGCGAUGUACUUAAGCUUGGAUGCUGUUACAUAUCUUGACGCUGCUGGGAUCCGGCCUUUGGCGAGCGCGAAGAGAUUACAGCAGGAGGCUUACAGGGCGUGGUUUGCUGGGCUGUCGUUUAAUGCCAUUGCUGGGCUUUACACUUUGUGGCAGCUACGGCAAAGGGAGCAGAGCAUCGAUAAGAAUGAGGGGGAGGGUGUCGUGGAGAGUAAGAAGAUCAUGAAGGAGCGCAACACCACAAACCUCCAGCUCAUCUCGGAUCUUUGCGAUCUUACCGUUCCCAGCGCGGCACUUGGCUAUGCGAAUCUUGAUGAUGGCAUCGUUGGGUUGGCUGGGACAGUGAGCAGCUUGAUUGGGGUGUGGAGUACAUGGAAGAAGACAGCCUAG